AUGGCAUCAGACAGCGAGGUAAAAACUCUACUGAACUUUGUCAACCUGGCCUCCAGCGACAUCAAAGCGGCUCUGGAUAAAUCAGCUCCUUGUCGCCGGUCGGUUGACCACAGAAAAUACUUGCAGAAGCAGCUGAAGCGGUUUUCUCAGAAGUACUCACGGAUCCCACGGUGCCACCCCAGCAAACCCUCUGAGUGCGGCUGGCGCAGGGUGACAGAGGACCGUGGCCGUGGCCCCCAGCCCGAGGCACCCGACCCCAGCCCCCACGGCGGGGCUGCUUCUGAGAAGGUGCUGCAGGCAGUGGAGGCAGAGGAGAGCCUGGCUGGGGAAACGGUUCUGCAGGAGCAAAACCCUGAGGCUGCCAGGCCAGACCAGGUGCCCAUGAGGAAGCGACAGCUCCCCGCCUCCUUCUGGGAAGAGCCACGGCCAACCCAGAGCCUGCCAGCCAGGGCCUUUCCUGAGGGGCUCCCGGCCCCCAGAGACCCUCCUCCCUAUGAGGGGAAGAAAAGCAGAAGGAGCCCAGAUGCUGCUGCCCCAGAGAGCCCCCCUGAGCCUGCCCCGCAUGCCGGGGAGAAGGACCCUGCUGGGGUCCUCUCAGGUCGGGUGGGUGCCUGGACCUGCUGCCCCUUCUCCUGCCCUGGGCCGGGGGUGUACCAGCCCCCGGGUGCACUGCCCCCGUCGCCCUUCCCAGGGCUGGGGCUGUGGAGGAAGAGUGUGGCCACGCUGCCAGCAGAGAUGCCACACUUCUGCAAGGAGGCCGACGUCACAGGGCAGAAACUCUACAGGCCCGUGGUUUUGAAACCCAUCCCCACCAAGCCCGCUGUCCCCCCACCAAUCUUCAACGUUUUUGGCUAUCUUUAG